CGUGAUAGAAACACGAGCGCUGAGUCAGUCUUUGCGCCACCCGGCGCCACCAUGACAAACGGAUACAAAAAGACCAAGAAAUUGACUUGAUGACUUGGUGUCUCUCAGUGAUUUCCAUGUUGUGAUUUAAAAUUUAGAGGUGUUUUUUUUUUCAUAUAUCCACAUCCGCUCACUCUCUUGAAAGAACGAGUAUAGCUAAUGGAAGCAAAGUCAUCUUUGUUUUUAAACUUUUUUGUGUCCAUGGCUAAGUAACGAAAAGGCGGAGGCCUGAAAGUCCCUUGUUGUCAGGAAGAGUCGCUUCUUAAAGGAGCUUUUCCGGUGGUACCUAUAUGGCAUGGAUCGCCCGCUUAAGACAGACGUCACCAGUCAACGCGAGAUUUGCUUGCUUUUCUUAGUGAGACAGCUGGCCAAACAAGUUGGCUUCCCUCGUCCAAUGAUCAACUGCUUCCUGCCAGGCCUCGGAGGGAAUUUAAGGAGAGCAGCCACACGCAAGAAUUAAAACUUGAGAUUCGCGUGAAGGAGUUCACGUCAGUUGGCGAAGGAGACACAUAAACAAACGCUCUCCAAACAUUUCUUAUUAUUCACCGCUAACGACCAUCCAAGCAACGAUAGAAACACUCCGGGACGAAAUAUAUUUUUUUUCAUACGAUAAAAACAUUAGAGUGAGGAGAGGAAAAGUUGUUGUGGACACGUUUGACACUAUUGCGUAUCAACUGAAGAUAUACUGCUUUGUUAUAAAACACGCUGAUCUGAUUGAGGAAAGAGAAGUGAUAUUACUUUAUUUUGCCGACAAGUGUUUUUAGUCAAAAAGAAAAGGCGCGCGGGCCGCUAAUUGCAGACAGCAGGCCCGAAGCAUUAAAGGUUGGUCAUUAUUGCACCCAUGAUAAUAUCGAUAACUAGGAGAUAUACGCUUAGCUCGGGUUGGUCGGCAAAGACAGGGACAGAGAAAAGGUUUGUAACAAAACAAGACAGGCGAUUUUUAUCAUGGCAGACCGGAAAGCAUAACAGCUAGCUGGCCGAGCAAUAAGCGUUCAAAAAGACGCAAUCAAUCUACAGCCCCCUGAUAUCAAUUAGUACGAAAAAAAAAAGCGAGACAAAAUCACGGUCAUCCGUCCCCCGAUUGCCUUAAAAGAGCGCACGCGCACUAGAGCGCGAAGUCAAGCCCUGUGCAAGUGCCGUGUCAGCCAGUUGAGUGUUGCUCAAGUAAACGCCGUAACUUCAAGAUGGCAGUCAACCGCGUAUUGCCACCGCUAGACCAACUGAGUCCACUCUGCCAAUACUACUACAACAACUGCUCGAACGAGACAGUUCUAAAUGUGCGGAAUCCGUCUCAGUGCUGGCGAGAUUGGUUUAGCAUGUGUGCAGUGCAGGCCCCCAAGACCCCGCCGAACACCGCCAUCCUUGUUGGUAUAAUCAUCGUCAUCGCCUUUUUUUCACUUAUUGGGAACUCGAUCGUUUGUAUCGUGUUCUGUCUGUACGACCAGCUUCGAUUAGUCAAACAUUUCUUCGUGGUGAACUUAGCAGUUGUCGAUAAUAUUCUGGUAACAGUGUCAAUACCUCUCUUUGUGGCGUUUCUACUCGGCGGGGGUCAGAACUCGUCCCUUUGCCGGGCUCAGAUUGUGAUUGACAUUCUCUGCGGCACGGCAUCCAUCAUGACGCUCGCUGCAAUCGCUCUGGAGCGCUUCGUCGCCGUGGAAGAGCCGCUAUUGUACACUACCAAAGUAACAGCCCAGCGCGCCACGGUAGUGCUGGCAUUUACUUGGAUUUAUUCCAUCAUAGUCUCCUUCGUGCCUUUCUUCUCGCUCCUAUCCAAUCCUAGGAUGCAGUGCUUGUUCUUUGGAGGCGAGUUCGUGAUUUUCAUCACCGUCACAAGCUUUGUGGCGCCGGUAGGAGUGAUGAUAUUCGCGUAUUGGCGAAUCUUUAAGAUUGCGCAUCGCCACGCUACGCGUAUCAUGGCUAUGAUCCCGCGCAGCCAGAAUAACAACACAAGCGAGGAAAACGAAUCGAGGCAUCGCCAUGUGAAAAUGAGUAGGGAGCUGCGCGGUGCCAAGACUCUGACUAUAAUCAUGUGUACGCAUAUAAUAUGCUGGUCUCCGUUAUUCUUAUUCUACCUUGUGGAUGCCUACUAUCCUGGCCGAAAUAGAAAAGUUUCCUUAGUCGCAAACUACAUCAUUCUGGUGCUCCGUUACUGCAAUACUCUCGCAAACCCUAUUAUCUACUCGGGAAUCAACAGACAAUUUCGCGCCGCUAUUCUCAAGUUUGUUCUCCGCAAGGAGAGCAGGGAAGGACUUGGGGUUACUAUUUUUACAAAUUCUUGAAAACUGAGCAACGAGCAGCAAAGCAAAAAAGCGCUUAUUAUUCGGCAUGAUCAUGGAACUAAUGUGGACUGUAAACACUACCAAAAGAUAGCUCAGGAUUAAGAUAAUCUAUUCAUAAAAGAAAACGUGGCCAUGAUCGCGUACCAUAUGAUGUUAUGGAAUAGAUGGCGUGAACCGAAAGAAAAUAUCGUGCGGAUGUCUGUUUUGGGCAUUCAGAAAGAAAAUAAACCCUCAAACGUUAAAGUGUUUUUAAAGUCUUUAAAGAGGUGAAAAGCCAUGACUUAAUAAUGGGUGAGAAAUUAAAAAAAAAAGUUCAAUGGUACGUUAUGAGAUUGUAUGCUCUCAGUACAUUCUGUUCUCAAAACGCAGCAUCUUUUUUCUCUGAAAUCUACACACUGCACAGGACGAUCAAAUUACAAUUGGAUAAAAGGACGAGCCUAUUUUUUAGGCCUGGUGGGCUCCCAUGCGGUCUGAAUUUGGUAGUUUGUGCAUACCGAUUUUUCACAUCACAAGAACCAACACUUGGAGUCAGCGAUGGAUUACGCUUUUAGCCUCUUCAGACUCAUAAGAGAAUGUGUCACGCAAAUACGAGAGAUAACCGGAUACAUUGGUUUAUAACGAAUACUAAUAAAAAAUACUUAUGGUAGGUGAUAAAAUGGGGAAAAAAGACAAUGUGCGGAAUCCGUCUCAGUGCUGGCGAGAAAAAAGACAACACAUAGGAGUAACAUUUGUAUAAAGAAUUAGAUACAGAAUAGCAUUGUAGAAAUCAUGAAUAGAGAUACUAAAUACUGUAAAUACAUGAAUUAUUACCUUAUUUGCAAAAUAUUACGAUGGUAGUAAGAUAAUGAAUUGUUCCUGAAGGUACGGAUCUGCGCCCGACAUAAUGAUAAACCAGAUAACGACAUGUAAAAAUGCCCACGAAAAGGUAUUUCUAAAUAUGGUUCAGCUUGGAAAGAUAAAUUUACGGCGAAGUGUUUAUUUUUUUUUCUAUUUUGGUUUAACAGGAAGCUUUUCUCUUUUUGUGUGUGUGCCGAAAAUACCCACGUUCAUUCAUACAAAACACACUUAAACAUUGAUCCUCUCUCGUUCAACAAUUUACGCAUUCUGAAUGCGCCAAUGACGCACACUAGAUACAAACACGUUGACGGUGUUUCCCUCUUUACCGUGUUAGCCGCGCUUUACAAGGCGCAAAAUACGACUUUCACGAAAGCAUAUAUAGUUUCCCACCUGUUAAAUCGUAACCGCGCCCUGUCAAUAAAAGUGGUCAUUUGGA